CGGUGCCCCAUCCAGAGCCGUGUGUACAGAAAGAACUCCGCUCAGUCUCCAGCCCAACGACAGAACUAAACGACAGUAGUAGUAGGUAACCAGACCAGGACCCAAGCGGCAUCCAACUACCUAGGUCCCCGCAAAGAACAAUUCCAGGUCCGAAACUGAAAGAAAGCUGAGAUCAGUCUGCCUGCAUCGAUACCUCUCCCGACCCCAAAGUCUACCUAAUCUCAUCCAUCGACAAAAUCCACUCUCUGCGACCAACAAAGAGUCCACCGGAAGAGACAUCGAUUACAAAGAAAAAGACGGACAAUCACACACCUACAGACAGACAGACAGACACCACCACACUCUCAAACACACCAGUGGCCCAGCAUGGAUUCUGAAGUAAGUACCUGGGAUGGAUCUCCUUGCUUCAGUACACACUCACUACCUCUACGCCCACACAACACACCCUCCGUCCUCCCCGACCCUACCACCACGCUAGAGGCAGACACCUCGAGCCCUGGGGGGAGCCACGCUUCUCGCCUAGUCAAAAAUACUAAGGAAAUAAAAAGUCCCAUUCACCACACUGCACACCCCUCACUGUACUUUGCUACCUACGCAGUGCAAUUAUACCUAUCCCCGGCCCCAGCCCUCAAGUCCCCUGACGUGUACUGCCCCUCCAAGGCGCCAACCCUCUCCCUCCACCCCCAGCCCAAAAUCCACCAUAAAGUUCUGGCACUCUGCAGCGCGAAAACGCCGCCAAUCAUCCCAAAAAAUUCCGAGCUUUCCUAUCCACACUCGACGGCGAAAUCCUUGACCGCUAUCGCGACUCCCACGACAAGCGCCUUAUCCACUCCGAUAUACUAACCCUUUAGGCGCCCUCUAUCAAAAGACGCCCCUCGCGCAAGUCUGUCACCUUUACCGACGAGAAGCUAGUUGUCAACCCCGACGGUUCUGUCACCAUGGACGCCUCUCCCGCCGACGAAAUCAAGGAGACUGCCCAGUCCCACUCUGCUCCCACCGAGCCCCAGGAUGCUGCUGCUGCUGCCGCCCCCGCCGCCGAUGAUGGCCUCGACCUUUCGCUCAUGAAGAAGAAGAAGAAGAAGGUCAAGAAGGAGGACGAUGCCGACGCCGCUGCUGAUGAGGCCGCCCCUGCCGAGGGUGACGGUGCUAUCGACCUCACCAUGAAGAAAAAGAAGAAGAAGAAGGUCGUCAAGGAGGAUGAUGAGUUCGCCAAGAAGCUGGAGGCUCUCAACAUUGAGGGCAAGGAGGGCGAGGAGGCCGCCCCCCAGGAGGACGAGCAGGAGGGCGAUAUGGACCAGGGCACCGGCAUUUGGGCCCACGACGAGACCAAGCCCAUCAGCUACAACGCUCUUCUGUCCCGUUUCUUCGCCCUUCUCUCGCAAAAGAACCCCGACCACGCCUCUACCGGUACACGGUCGUACAAGAUCCCGCCCCCGCAGUGUCUCCGUGAAGGCAACAAGAAGACCAUCUUCGCCAACCUGCCCGAGAUUUGCAAGCGCAUGAAGAGAGCCGACGAGCACGUUACUUCUUACCUUUUCGCCGAAUUGGGUACCAGCGGUUCCGUCGACGGCAGCAGGCGUCUGGUCAUCAAGGGUCGUUUCCAGCAGAAGCAGAUCGAGAACGUUCUGCGUACCUACAUUAUCGAGUACGUUACCUGCAAGACGUGCCGUUCCCCCAACACCGAGCUCUCCAAGGGCGAGAACCGUCUUUAUUUCAUUACCUGCAACUCUUGCGGUUCUAGGCGGUCUGUCCAGGCCAUUAAGACCGGUUUCUCUGCCCAGGUCGGCAAGAGAAAGAAGAUGCAGGGUUAAGCGGUUUUUGUUUUCUUGUUUCGAGGCCCUUGCAGUUUGCUUUUCAAUGUUUUCACGCUUCAAGGACGGAGUUAAGACGGCAUUGUAUAUGGCUGGUUGGGCACGGGUCUUUUACGAAGUAGCACGGCCCCUCUGAACGGCAAUCUCUCAUCUCCAGUACACGAGAGAGAGGAUGGAAGAGAGAGUCUGUGCUACAAAAUCAGGUGAAUUCCUUACGCGGUAGGGUACGGGUUAAUAUGACGAUACUUGAUGAAGAAUUGGUACACAAAAAGUUCUGGUUUUUGAUGAUGGUGGCACACUUAUCCUUACUUUGCAUAGGGAGUCUGAUAAAGAGGAGGGCUUUCUUCUUUUCCUGAGCUUGUCUGAUUUAUAUGGAUGAGGGCUGCGAGGUUGUAUCUAGACUGAUGUGGGAUUCAGAGGUUCUCAGGUCAUUCAUGACCAUGGUCAGCAAGCUAGACUGGGAGAGCAAGGAAGAGGCUGACUGAGCGCAGGAUUACGAAGCGAUGGAUUUUGAGAUCUUGCGAACAGGAAUUAUUCUCUGUUCUUUGCAGUAUGUAUAGCCAUUCAGUCUACCUUUAUAAACUACAUUAUGUUAUCGAAACUCAAAGUGGCAGUUGAGUAAAAUGAUAAACCUUGAUACUCCGCGA